GGGUUCGGGAGCGGUUCGGGGGCUGGCACCGGCUCGGGGUUUGCCUUCGGGGCUGGCGGUAGCGCCGGGUACGGGUACGGGGCGGGAGGCGGCCUGGGUGGGGGCGCUGGCGCUGGGGCGGGCGCGGGUGGCAGGUUCGGGUACGGGUUCGGGGCUGGUGCUGGGGCUGGUGCUGGCGCUGGCGGGGAAGCCGGCGGGGAAGGCAGCAUCAUAUUCAUGGGGAACGAGAAACAGCUGAUGCACGGGCUGAACGACCGCCUGGCCGCCUACCUGGAGAAGGUGAGGAGCCUGGAGGCCACCAACAAGGAGCUGGAGGAGAAGCUGCGCAAUUUCACGGUGUCCAAGGUGCAGACCCACGACCUGUCCGCCUACGACGCCCAGCUGAAGCCGCUGAGAGAGCAGAUCCUGGCCCUUAUCCAGGAGAACUCCCACCUGGCCCUGGAGAUCGACAACUCCAAGCUGGCCGCUGAUGACUUCCGGAGCAAGUACGAGACCGAGUACAGCCUCCGGCAGGCGGUGGAGACCGACAUCAACGGGCUGAAGGGCCUGAAGAAGGAGUACGAGAUCACGCAGAGCACCCUGAUGCAGGACGUGGAGGCGCUGAAGGAGGAGAUGGACUUCCUGCGCAAGAACCACGGGGAGGAGCUGGCGAACCUGCGGGACGAGAUGUCCGGCACCGUGCACGUGGACCUGCAGGCCAUCACCGGGGUCGACCUCAGCCGCGUCCUGGAGGACAUCCGCUCCGAGUACGAGGCCGUGGUGCGCCGCAACCAGGACGACGCCGAGAGGUGGUUCCUGAAACAGGCGGGGAUCACGCAGGAGAUGGAUGCUCAGAGCACGCAGAUGGUGAAGACGGACCAGACUGAGUUCACCGAGCUGCGCCGCUCAUCGCAAAGCCUGAGUGCCGAGCUAGAGGCCCUCAAGGUUUCGAAAAUGUCCCUGGAGGAGAGGCUGUCGAUGACGAACGCCCGGUACCAGUCAGAGCUGCAGCAAUACGCGGUGAUGGUGGGCGGCGUCGAGGAGGAGCUGUCAUCGAUCCGCGAAAGCAUCACCCUGCAGUCCCAGGAGUACCAGAGCCUGCUCAACCUGAAGAUGAAGCUGGAGAUGGAGAUCGCCACCUACAAGCAGCUGCUGGAGGGGGUGGAGUCAGGCACGGGAGGCGGGGCAAGCGUCACCAGCAAAUCGAGCACCACGACUUUGAGCAGUUCGAACGGGUCGAGCAGCUCAAACUCUACGAGCAGUACCACCACCACCACCACCACCACCAGGGUGGUGAAAGAGGAAACCACCCAGGUCGAUUCCUGAGCUGUCCGCGGAUGUGCGCCGUAGCGACACCGAGGUCUUAGUGGAGCCAGCCUGAUGGAGAGCGGCUUCUUCUACCGCUGAGCAGUAAAAAAAUAAAGAGAGCCUGGGCUCAGUUUCAUGGCA